AUUGGAUUUAACGAGGGAGUUCAUUGGAAUAGCCGUGUUAUGAUUUGUCAAUGGUGGAUUACAUGUAAUUUUACUCUGGAUACAAUUGCAAAAUAUGCCUCAGCCACCACCUAGAAAGGUGAAACCCAGUGCUCAGUUGAAAACACUGCACACUGAACAACUGUCAAAACUUCAAGCAAAGCAUCAACAAGAAUGUGACUUACUAGAAGAUAUAAGAACAUUUUCAAGACAGAGAUCUGUUCUAGAGAAAGAAUAUGCCCAGGGUUUACUUAAGUUAACAGGGCAGUUGCUGAAGAGAGAUUUUCAGGCUAUGCCAGAUCUGUCAACAGAAGAUGGUAGAGAACAUAGCUUUGGAAAGGGAAGAACUGCUAUGGCAGUAUGGAGAGUAAUUCUGGAAGAGACAGAUGUUUUAGCAAAGAAGAGGCUGCAAGCAGCAGAAACCUAUCUCGAGAAAAUAGCAGAGCCAAUAAAACCGCUCAAAACUAACAAACAACAGUGCAUGAAAAAGGUGUUGCCACAGAUGACUACAAUCCAAGGAGAGGUAGGUCAGACUAUAAUAGAGAUGUGUAAAACACAGAAGACGUACAACAUUGAUGAAACUCAAGCUUAUGAUGCCAGGGCAAAAGCCAAAGAUGCUGAAGAAAAAUUGAAUAGGAAGUCCAAAGGGAUAUUUCAGUCAUUAGCUAGUCUACAAAAAAACUAUGCAAAGUUAAAAACACGCAUGGAGUCUUGCGAAUCAAAGUCUGUAGACUCAAGAAAUGAAUAUUUACUAUGCAUGGCGGCGGCCAACGCACAUCAAGUUAGAUAUUUCACCACAGAUCUUCCACAUUUGAUGGAGGUUUUAGAUGGUGAGAUAUUUGAGCGUAUUCAGGAGUAUUUUGCCAUAUAUGGUAAUACAGCCCAGGAAAUUAGUUGUUAUGAGAACAGAUGUUGUAACAGAAUUGUAGAACAGACUGCAAUGAUAAAUCGUAAUUUUGACCUCAAGUGUUUCUUAUAUAGUAACCAUGUAUUUACGGACCUCGUGCAAUAUGAAUUUGACCCCUGCUUGCAGGAUAAGUGCAAUAAAAUCUCAAAGGACUACAGUGCUGCCCAUCAUCUAGAUAAAGAAGCCAGAAAAUGGGCUACCAAAAUUGCCAAAGAAAACAAAGCCAUAAAGGAGUAUCAGAAAGCUUUGAAAGCAAUAAGCAGCGGAGAUAAGGUUUCCGAUUCAGGAUCCUCUGAAGCAGUAUCACAAGAUCCCGAGGUAAAAACAGAGGAACUACUACAAAAUAUCAGACAAUCAGAGACUGCAAGAGCAAAAGCUGAAGCAAGAAUAGAAGCUCUCAGGCAAGCUGGAGUGAAUGUUGAUGACUGGUUAUCGAGUGCUAAUGGAGAAAGUCUCGGACUUGACGAGGAAUUUGACCUUCCAAGGACCCCUAGUCGUACUUCAAUCAAAACGGACAGCUCAGGGCAUACAGAUGACCAGGAGCCAACAUAUACACACUAUGAUGAAGAUGAUGAUUUUCUGGAUGAAACAUUUGAUGUAACCGUUGGAGACUUCUCAUUGAAGAGUAACUCUAGUCAAUACCCUAUCAAAUGCAGAUCCAUUUAUGACUUCCAUGCAGGAAAUGCGGAUGAACUUGACAUGGCAGAAAAUGAAGAGUUAGAGAUUAUUGCUAAUGGUGACGGAGAUGGCUGGGUCAGGGCAAAGAAUUCUGCGGGUUUAAUAGGGUUUAUACCGGAGAACUAUAUCGUGUUUGUUGAUGAUAACAACACAACCGUACAGAAUGUUGAUGCUGUCGACAAUAACUACAUUGAGGGUGAAGUACACAAUAGUGUUGAAGAGCCAGAUCUUAGCUCUCCUCCACCCCCUAUGACCCCUGUGACCCCUACUAGCCCCGCCUCCAUUCCUACCAUAGAGGAACCAGAUGAUUUUCCUCCGCCUCCUCCAGAAACACAGGAAGUGACAUCAUACUCCUCAGGUGACAUUGAAGUACAGCAGACGACAAAUUCAAUGGACAAUAUGCACCUUCCUCUUGAUGAUGGCUGCUAUGUCCGAGCCUUGUAUGAUUACGAAGGAGCAUCACAGGAAGAGCUCUCCUUUGCUGAAGGUACAAUUAUCAAGAUUGUUCGGAAGGAUGAAAAUGGCAUUGAUGAUGGGUUCUGGGAAGGGGAGGUAAAUGGAAUAGUUGGUGUAUUUCCCUCCCUUGUUGUAGAGGAACUGGCAUCUGCUGGAACACCACAGGAUUUCCCCUCCCCUCUACAGUCGCCCCCAGACUACAUGCCCCCACCCCCAGUCAUGAUCACCGCAGCCACACCAGAAUCAGAGCACCCACCAUCACCGCUAACACCAAGUACUCCCAUAGCAAACGGAACAGUACACGGACAGACAGACGAAAAUGAAAGUGUUGUUGUUGAACAGCAUCGCAAGAAAGUGAGAUUUGGCAUGAAAAAUUACUACAACCGUAACCAAGUUGACAGUUACCAUGACGAUGCAUUCUACAAUCAACAUGACAUCAUUGUUGAUGAAUACGAUUCAAGAUUUGAUGAUGAUCGUGAAGAAUCUUUCGUCUGAUGUGUUCAUUUCUUUUGAUAAUUUUUCAUGAAGUUGGCAAUCUCAAAAACUGUGAUCGUAAAAGGAGGUGGUGGUUUGACAGUCAAAGCUGUGUUAGCAGACACCUUUGUUAUGAAGCUUUUUGUUUUAAAAGCAGCAACAUUUUCAUGUUGUCUUUUUCACAUAUAAUUUAAUUUAUUUGUUUUUAACAGCCACCUGUCCUGUUAUUAGAGUCCUGGUUUAAUUGCUCGUUUUAGUGGCUGCUUAAAAUAGGUUAGAAUGUAAACUUAAAGCAUGAAGCUUUACCAGUAAUUGGAAUGGUUACUGUUAAAAGCUGUUUAUUGCAUUUUGCAUAUUUAUUUUAAGUUUAUGUCUGAGGCAUUGUAGAUUAACCCUUACCAUGCUAAAUUUCUAUAAUGAACUUGUCCAUCUUUGAAUUUGGACAGUACCAUUAACUAUUAAAAGGGGUGCUUAUCAAAAAGAUACUGACUGAAUAGUGAACAUUGAAGAUCAUGAUCAGACUGCAUGGAUGUGCAGGCAGAUCAUGAUCUACACUGGUCGCAAAGGUAGAAUCAAUCAUGUCCAGCAUGAUAAGGGUUAAAAAAGCAUCAUUUUCAUAUGUAAUAUCUGAAGUUAGAGUUUUGAAACUGUCUAAUAUACAUAAAAAUAGCACAACAUCUUUUGAUAUUUGUUUCCUAGACAAUCAUGUUAGAUUUUUUUUAGCUUGUAAAGCCUAUUGUUCUUGUAUUUUGUGCUAUAACUUUAUAAUAAAAAAACAUUUUUUUUUUCAUAGAUUGCAUAAUAAAAAUUGAGACCAAGAUAUUUUAUAAGUAAGGGACCAUUGUAUUUUUAUAGCACAAUUUAUUGGUUAUAAUAAUUAUAUACUAUUUUAAUAAAUGUUUGGCAAAUCCUGACCAAAAAUAUUUUGCAUAAUUUAAUCAGGAAAAUAUUUAAUAUUUAAUGAAGAAAUUUCAGUUUAAAAGUUUUAGUUAGUUUUAGUAUAGAGUUGUAAAAUUCUAUUUAGAAGUUUUAUGAAAGAAUAGAUUUUGUUACAUUCUAUACCUGUUCUACACAAGUACAUUUUAUAAGAAUAAAUGUGAAUAUCCUGGGCAUUGCUUGUUGACUGAGUAGCAUCAUGUAAAAUUAUUGUUUGUAUCAGUAAUAUACACCUGACUUUUGACAAUAAUUACCCCAAAGACAUUUUUGACAUGCUCAUAUUGAAAGAAAUCCAUUUAAUGGAAUACUGAUUGAUGGUGAUUGAUGUUACACUUCUAGUUGAUUUAACCCUCACCCUGCUAAAUUUCUAUAAUGAACUUGUCCGUCUUUCAAUUUUGGACAGUACCAUUAACUGUUAAAAGGGGUGUUUACCAAAAAGAUACUGACUGAAUGGCGACCAGUGCAGAUCAUGAUCUACAUUGGUCGCAAAGGCAGAACCAGUCGUAUCCAGCAUGAUAAGGGUUAGGUACUGUUCAUAGAAUUAGAUUCUGCAUGCUCCUGUAGAAAACAGAGCAGUCACUGACUGACACAAGACCUGACUACAAGGUUAUACAACAGAGCAUGGAAUCCAGUCUCAGAAUACAAUCUCUCCAUUGGUCCAUUUCAAAUUGUUUACCAAAAUCAACCAAUCAAAUGCUAGAGUAUCCAGACUGGUUUCCAAACUCUGUUUCAUAACUUUGAGCCAUGAAUUUAGUCCGUUCUAUAUCUGUUUAGACACAAGCCAUAAUAUUGUGAAGAUAUUUAUGUAAAUAUGUAUUUAGACUCAAAUCAUUGUAUUUAUAGUUUAGUAAUUUUGUACAGUUAUGUUUACAUUGCACAUUUAGUCAGUUUUAUGGCUAGAAAAUAAUUCCUUUGUACAGAAUGUACAAUAAAAAGUAUAUGAAUUCAUCCCACAUUAGGUAUUGUUAGCAAGUGGUGUUGUUUUUGGACGUCCAUUGUGUUUAUAGAUUUGUAUUGUCAUGACUGCCAAAAUCAUUUUGUACAUUUAGAAUUGACAUAAUUUUACAAGAAGUGGCUGUCAAGUCAUUACUCGCUCACCUAAUGUUUGCUUUAAUAACCUGAAUAUGGGAGAAAUGGAAUCAGUGGACUGUGGGCCUAAAUAAUUCAGGAGGUUAGGAAUGUACAAAUAUUAUGCAUUUUUGGUUAUCAGACAGCAAUCUAAAACUGUAAUAUCAGAUUUUUUCAUGUGAUCAAAAUGUCGUGAUUCCUCCUAUAAAAAAUUGUCCUGCAUUUCCGGAAAUUCCUCAUUCUUCCGGUAAUGGAUGAUCUUCAGUGGAGAGGUAACACACGAUCUGUUUUGGAAAAUAUAGCUUUAAACUGCAUUUUAUGUAAUAACUUUGCUUCUUAAGGAAGCGGACCUGUAUUCAUUGCAUACAAUUUUGGCAUUUUCCUACAGGACCUGGUAUCGAAAUCCAUGCAUUUAUGACCAAAGAAGAAAUCUCAAUUUGGACAUGGGGAAUGCAUAAUUGCACAGAAAUUGCCGAGUAUCUGUUAAUAGUCCUCUUCUUUGAUCAGCGAAUUAAUAGACAAAAAAAAUUGUUUGUAUAUUCAUGACCAGAACAUUGUAUCUGGUGGGCAUUUUAAGAUAUUCUUUUAGAAGCAAUUUGUGGAAGUCAUCCAUUUUACCAAAUUUGUAUCUGUCCAACAGGGUUUUCGGAUAUUUUAAAUGUUAAAGAUGUACUAGUGUUAUAAACGUUGUGCUAAAAUAGAGAACAUAUAGAAUGCCAUACUUAAAACCUCUAGUCAUUGAUGUGUCAGUGUUGUGUUAGAAGAUGAAACUGUGUGUUUUUCAUACUACUGUGAAAUCAUUUAAUUUCGUUGGCAUGAAAUUUCUUGGUUUUGCCAAGAAAGUCUAUUUCACUGGAAUAUGACUGGAUUUUCACCUGUCAAGAUUGGAGUUUUGCUUGUUCAAUGGGACUUAAUUUCUUGGAUUGACACAGUCAUGAAUUCUAUGAAAAUUAGCCCCCCAUGAAUAUAAAUGAUUUUACUGUAACCAUUUUUUAUCAUUGUUCAAACUACCACAAAUCACAAUACAUGAUUAUGUUUACUGUAUCAUAGAUAUGUUUUAUGUAUUUUUACGGUAGCAGUAUAAAACAAUAGCAGUGUUACGUUUUCAAAAAUAUGUCCAGUCACAAAUGAAAUUUUCUUUUUGGGCCCCAAAAGUGAGGUAUUAUUAUACAGUAAUUGCAAUAUUUGUAAGUUACUAUUUGUCUCAUCUAUAACUUUAGUUGAAAAUAACACAAAGGUUUAAUAUGAUGAGGCUUGUUUGAGCCUGGUCUGUACUGUGCAGGCCGAAGGCAAGGAGUCUUACAUUAACCCUGUAACAGUCGGGGCAUUUGUGUUUCUUAAACUCAUUCUUCUUGUUCCUUCUUGAAUUAAUGGAUAUUUAUUUUAUGUUGCAUUUAUUAAAUCUAUUAUGAGACCUAUAAACUUACCAUUUUAGUUGAGUUUUACCUCUACUGGCACUGAAAGGAAAAUAUUGGGGUAUCUUGUAGAAGUCAUACUCUUUUCACAAUGUACAGUUCAACCAUAGAAAGAUUUUGUUUUAUAUACACAGUUAUUAUAUUGUUGUACAGUGUUUUAUAUGUGCUGAUGUGUCAAGGGGACCUGGCAUUAUCACGUUAGUUUAUCUAUGCAUAGAUUUUAAAUCAUUCCAUAUUAAUAAACUGUAGAAACGAAGAAUUUUACCUUAUGUUUAUGUUUACUGCAAAUUUAUGUCUUAUAUUAAUGUUUACCAGUGUCUAUGUUUACCUGUGUUUAUGUUUACAGUCUUAAAGAUCUGUUUUUGUUUUCUACGUAAAAUUUUAUGUUACCUUGAUCUAUUGUAUAUGUUGUAGAAAGUUUUGUAUAGGAAUAUAGAUGUUAUAAAUAGAUAUUUCAUGUGCGAUAUUAUUUUAAGGUCUGUUUAAUCUAAGUGUAUUUUGAUAUUAAGUUGGCAGCCUGGUUCAUGAUAAUGUAAGCCAAAGCUUUUAUUUUUUUAUAUAAAAUUUUAAUAAUCUCUUAAAUUAAUCACAGCUCUUGAUGUACAAGACUUUUCUAUUUGAACCAAUUAAGGAAUCAAAAGUUGUGAAUAAAAUGGUCCAUUGCCUGAUUGUUAUUGAAAGUUUUUGUCGUUAACUAAGUUUUUUGUCAGCGAAACUAUCAGUAUAUAUUGAUGUAUAUGUAAAAUUUCACAAAGAAAACCAUUAGUCAUGGGCAUUAAGUUCAAAGUCAGCAAAAUUAAUGUUUCAACUUAUUUUGAACCAUUUUUUUGUAAUAUUAAUACAUCUCAUUUUAACCAUGGUUAAGAAAAGAUCCAGCUAUUUUUGUACCAAUAAACAGAAAUUUUGACCGAUUCCAAACUUACGUUAACAUUUUCGUCUAAGUAGGUCUGCAAUGUUGUAAAGUAGGAGUAAAAUGGCAGUGUUUCAUUAUGAUUACACUUAUUUUCAUUUAUCACAAGGAAUGAACUUUGUAUACAAUCUAGACUUUAUAUAAAUUUUAAACCAAGUUUUAUAUUUAAUGUUCAUGGUUAUUUGGAAGUUUAAAAGCAUUGGCACCUUUAUAAAACACUUAUAUUUUGUCACUGCUACUAAUUAUGUAUCAGAUCUGAGUGAGUGAGUGAGUUGGGUUUUACGGCGAAUCGACACAAAAUGGUCAUAUAUCGCCGAAUAACAGAUCUGAACACUUAUAUAGUGUAUUAAUCAGAAAAGGAAUCUUUAUCUGACCUAUUUUGUAUAAACAGAUCUGUCCGGAUGUGUUCAUGAUAUGCUUUUGAAAUAUUAUUACAUUCAGUACAACUUCUCUGUAGUGGACAUUGGUGGAGAAGACUAAAAUGUAUUGGGCUUAUUUAUUUUGCACCUUGUCUAUCCAUAAAUAAACCAUUUGGUUUCCAAUUAAUGUUAAGAGAAUGCUUGGGCCUACAGUGGUCAGACUUCUUGGAAUGUUUGCAUGUGGUCAGAAUAUGACAAAUGUUUUUUUUUGGGGGGGGUCAGUAGGGCAAAGGUUAAUGUCACAGUGACCUAGUCUUAAAAUGGUUUCCACUCAGUAAUUGAAGAAACCUUAGGCCUAGUGCCUGCAAACUUGAUAGGAAAAUUUCCUGUGGUAAGAUCAAGGUCACUAUUGAAGGUCAAGUAAAAAUUGAUUCCAGUCCAUAUUAAACUUAAUAUAUAAUUAUUAUGCAUUGAUGGAUCAUCUUAGUGAUAUACAGAAAUGUUCCCCAUGACGAGACAGUGUGUCAAUACAUGACCUAUGCUUUUCGGUCAAGGUCACUGUUGAACGCUUUCCACCUGUAGGGGACUUCUGUAUUGCCACUGCAAUACUGGGUCACUUGUUCUUCAUUAAAAUUGCUAGACAGGAAUAAAAGAUGGACGUUACAUGUAGAGAAUUUUUACACACUUAUAUGCACACAUUUAUUGAUAUCUUGAGGCAUUGUGGUCCAAAUAUUUGGAAUCCUAUUGUUUAUAUAUUUCACUUUUUAAUUUAAAAGCAAUAUUAACAAUAUGAUUCCAAAUAUUUUAUAUAUUAAUAAUAGUUUUAAAAAUUCCUUUACAUCAUGUGUAAUACACAUAAUUGAGCCGUGCCAUGAGAAAACCAACAUAGUGGGUUUGCGACCAGCAUGGAUCCAGACCAGCUUGCGCAUCCGCGCAGUCUUGUCAGGAUCCAUGCUGUUCUCUAAAGGUUUCUUUAAUUGCAAUAGGCUUUGAAAGCGAACAGCAUGGAUCCUGACCAGACUGCACGGAUGCGCAGGCUGGUCUGGAUCCAUGCUGGUCGCAAACCCACUAUGUUGGUUUUCUCAUGGCACGGCACAUAUUUUGAGGGCUAAGAAUAGAAAUACUAUCUGCAAUCUUUUUCUGUACAUUUUUGUAUUUUGAUAGUCCAUUUUCGCCCUACAUCCUCAGAUAGUCCAUUUUCGCUCUACAUCCUCAAAAAUUGUUUUAAUGUUUGUAUAAUUAUGCCGAUUCUUUACUGUUUGACUUAUAGUUUAGCUAGGAACAUGGUUAAGAAUUUUUAUUUUGGUUGAAAUGUAGAUCUGGUUUAUAUCAUGUGUUCAGUAGACUUGUAAUUGUAGAAUUUUUAAUAAAACAUGUACUAGACUUUAGUGACCAUUGUCUAAAAUAGAGAAACUAAAUAGCCAAAAGUAGUGUAAAAAGUGAAACAAAUAGGCAAACCCUAAACUUAAGACUGUAUUUGAACCAGGCUCAGUUGAAGUAAGGAGAUAAAACACAAUAUAAUCAGACAAACUAAUAAGUAUUGGAGAAUGAAAAUUCUCAAGAAAAUAACUAUCUUUAUUUUAUUGUCAAGGGCUUACAUACCAUUUUAUCAUUUUACUAUACUUUAAGCUGUGAACCUCUCAUUUUCAGAGAAUAAUAUAACUAGAUUGCAACAAAAAGUUUUAUUCAAUUGUUUCGCAUUAGAUCUUUGAGGUUUCUUUUUACGUAUAUAUUGUCAUAGCUUUUAUUUGUAUAGAUACAUGUCAUGUUAUUAUACAUUGUGUAUAUAGACACAUCUGUUAUGUUUUCUCAUAGACAUGUGGUUGUUUUGUUGAAUUUUAUGGCAAUGUUGGUAUUAUUGUGAUAAGCAAAAUAUACACUGAAUAUUUCAA